UGUCUCAGCAGCACUUUGGUUCAGAGCGUCUGAAGGCGCUGAAGUUGAAGUUAGAAACACACACACUCUCCUACAACUCCUCUGUGUGUGUGUGUGUGUGUAUGAGUGUGUAAGAGUUUCAUGGACUUCUCACCAGGCCACUAUGGGACUACACCGGCGGCUGUCAUCGACGUCCAGUCAGAGGAUUUUUUAAGAAGUUCCUGAAAGCGUUGAGCGAGAAGCUCCUGGCAGAUUAUUCCUGGAGGAGUCGCCUAAAUCCACUUCAGGUCUGAGGAUCUUCGUGGACGUAUUAAAGAUGGCCACCUCAGGAACGACCCUCCUCACUCUAGCAGCAGUGCUCCUGCACGUGUCCAGAUGUCACGGGAGCGUGGGGAAAGGGAAGGACAGCUCGCCGCUGAGGUUCACGCACCAUCUCUACAAUGUCACCAUCAAUGAGAACUCGGCGCCGCGGACGUACGCCGAGACGCCGGUGAUGAUGGGCAUCGAAGUGACGGAUCUCUUUUGGGAGAUUGAGUAUAAAAUCAUCCAGGGCGAUGAAGACGAGCUCUUCCAGGCUGAGGCGGUCAAAGUUGGAGACUUCUGCUUCCUGAGGAUUAAAAAUAGCCGCAGUAACUCUGCUCUCCUCAACAGAGAGGUCAGAGACGCUUACACGCUCACUGUGGAGGCGAGUGAAAGCACUUUUGACUUCACGGCAAAGACUAAGGUUUCUGUCCAGGUGCUUGACACCAAUGACUUGAAGCCUCUUUUCUAUCCUGCUUCAUACAAUGUAGCCAUCACUGAGGACACGCCACUUAAGUCGAGUGUGGUCAGGGUUAGCGCCACAGACGCAGACGUCGGGAGCAAUGCUGAGUUUUAUUACUCCUUCACCAGCAGAGCUCAUCCUUUCGCUGUCGACCCUUUCAGUGGCACAGUCAGCCUCGUCAAGAAGCUCAAUCAGACUCGCUCUGAGAAAUAUGACCUCACUGUUUUAGCUGAGGACAGGACAAAGAAAAUAUCCGGCGUGCAGAAAUUCGGUAACGUCGCCAGGGUCUUGGUAAACGUACGAAAGGCAUCCAAGGGUUCUCUGGUCAUCACAUCUCCCCACAAACCUACAGUCUCUUCAGAUGGCAAAGUGGCUAUCGAUGUCCACGUGGAGGGUGGAGUUAAGUCGGUCAAAUCCCUUAAUAUUGUUGGAGGGGAUCCUCACAAGUGUUUUGAGAUAAUCCCCUUAGGAGUGCAGGGCAGUGACUUCCAAGUGAUCUCAACAAAGAGGAUUAUCUCUUCUCAGACUCCUUCUGGGCUGGAUCUCUCACUUCAGGCUAAAGAGUGGGGCUCCCCGGCUUUAGUCUCUCCAAUUACACAAAUCCACAUUCCGGCCUAUCGUUACAGCUCAUUGACAUUUUUGGAGGACACCUACAUCGCCACGCUGAGUGAAUUUUCACCUCCCAAAUCUCACGUGCUGAAGGUUUCUGUCACCUUAGUUCCCUACAAUGUCACUUUUGGCAUUAAAAAUAAUCAGGACAGCUCCAAAUUUAAAAUAAAUCCCAAAACGGGGAUUAUUGUAACAACAGAAACGUUUGAUUACGAGAGAAAGAAUCGGUACGAGUUUGACGUCGUGGCCAAUCAAGGUGAAGCUGAGACUCACAUCGUGGUGGAGAUCACAGAUGAAAACGACAACAGCCCACAGUUCACGCAGACCUCGUAUCAGACCACACUGGAUGAAAACACACCUGUCGGCAGCAGCGUUCUGAGAGUUUCAGCCACAGACAGAGAUAAGGGCAAAAAUGGCUUUGUGACGUACGCGAUCGCCAACGCAGGCCCUUUACCUUUCACAAUAGACGCGUUCACCGGCAUCAUCUCGACUUCUGAACACCUGGACUAUGAGCUCAUGAAAAGGCGGUACCACUUGAACGUUUGGGCUUCGGACAGCGGCAGCCCAUUCAGUCAGGUCAGCGACUGUGUGGUGAUGAUAACUCUGAACAACGUCAACGAUAACGUACCUCUUUUCGAGAGGGUUGGCUGCAACUCCACUGUACCUCAGGAUCUACCUGUGGGUCACAUGAUCUGCGAGCUGUCGGCGGUCGAUCUAGAUGAGCUGCAGCAGCUGACGUACAUCAUAGAGUCAGGGAAUGAGUACCAAGUGUUUGGGAUCGACCCAGUGUCGGGCACGAUCACCCUCAAACAACCGAUUCCCCUGGGAGCUGGUUCGUUCACAUUGAGUGUCGUAGCCAGGGAUGGAAAGCAUCGUUCCGAAGCCUCAGUUGUCAGAAUAACCGUCACAAACAGAGGUGAUGACGUGACGCUGCGCUGCGAGGAAACGGGCAUUUUCAAACAGCUCACGGAUAAACUCAUUGAGUCCAUAAAACCGAUUUUAACCAAUCAAGAGGAAGAGACGUUCUCCGACAUUCACAUCACCAACCGCCAUUCUCCAAAGUUUGACCCGAGCAUUCCCAGCUCGAUCGACCUCAUCGAGGACCAUCCGCUGAAUACGACCAUUCUUCAGUUCGAGGCGACUGACAAAGACACCGGGUUUAAUAGUAAGUUAGUGUAUGUCAUAUCGAGCGGAAAUGAAGACGGCUGCUUCUCCAUCGACACGUUCUCCGGUGACCUGCAGUUAGUUUGCCCACUGGACCGAGAAACUAAGGAGUUUUACAUUUUGAACAUCACCGUUUACGACCUGGGAAUACCGCAGACGUCUGCGUGGAAAUUCAUUGCUGUGAACAUCAUGGACGUCAACGACAACCCUCCUGUGUUCGACCAGCACAGAUACGUGAUCCGCGUGCUUGAAAACACAGAAGUGGACUCCGUCAUUUUCACAGCUCGUGCGACGGAUCCAGACGCAGAGACAAACGGUAACGUCCGGUACUCCCUGCUGACAUCAACGGAUAUGUUCGGGAUAGACGAUCUGACCGGUGAGGUCACCGUGAGGCAUCAUUUGGAUCGAGAAACCUCACCCAGACAUGACCUUAGGAUUGAAGCCAGAGACCAGGCCAAACUCAACCCUCAGCUCUUUUCCAUGAUUGACCUUGUGGUAGUUUUGCAGGACGUCAACGACCACCCACCCAAAUUUACACCCAAGAUUUACAGAAUCAAAGUUCCUGAAGAUGUCCCUGUUGGAACACUUCUUGUCUGGGUGGAGAGUGUCGAUCUGGAUCUGGGCAGCGGAGGCCUUGUCACCUACAAUCUCAAGAACACAGAGAGCGGGAUCUUCCACCUCGAUUCCUCCACCGGAGCCCUGACCCUUGAGAGGGAGCUGGACUUUGAGAGGCGGCCGUCUUACAACCUCACAGUCCGAGCGGUCGACCACGGUCUCCCUCGCUCCCUCUCCUCGUCCUGCUUUGUGGAGAUUCAGGUCUUGGAUGUCAACGAGAACCUGCACAGGCCUGUGUUCUCUGAGUUUGUGUACGAGGCCGGUGUGAUGGAGGAUGCAGCCGUGGGGACGGCUGUGGUCACGCUCACGGCUUCAGACAAGGACGCAGGCAGAGACGGAGUCGUCCGGUUCCACAUCCAUGAGGGCUCUGGUCUUGGGGUUUUUACCAUUGAUGAGGAGACAGGCGUGAUCCGCACCACGGAGACGUUGGACCGCGAGACGGCGCCUCACUACUGGCUGUCGGUCUAUGCCACCGACCUGGGUACAGAGCCGCUGGUCUCCUGGACUCACGUCUUCCUGGACGUCCUGGACGUCAAUGACAACCAGCCAGAACUCCGCCAGCCGGUGUACUUCGCCGCUGUCAGGGAGAACGUGGACAAGGUCAAGUCCGUCGUCCAGGUGCAGGCCGAGGACGAGGACACCACGUCUGAAGGAAAGCUGUCCUACGAGAUGCUGGAGUCUCACCGCACGUAUUUUGACGUUGAUCCCAAAACAGGUGUUAUCAGCACUCUCGCAGCCUUGGAUCGGGAGGAUAAGCCGGAGCACAGUAUCGAGGUCAUCGUCUCAGACAACGGAUCCCCGGCUUUACGCUCCACCGCCACCGUCAUAAUCCGAGUUCUGGACGCCAACGACAACCGGCCGAAGUUCACUGACAAGCUCUUCCACGUGAAGCUGCCGCAGCAGCGCCUCCUGGAGGGCGAGUGCGAGGUCUGCAGGAUGGUGGCGCGGGACGACGACGAGGGCUCCAACGCGGCGGUGACGUACGCGCUCCACGACAACAAGGACGAGCGCUUUGAGAUCGACGCGGCGACGGGCGUGGUGACGUCGUACGGCGACUUCUGGCCGGGGAACUACAGCAUCCUCACGAUUAAAGCCACAGACGCCGGCAGCCCGUCGCGCUCGUCCACCGCUCGGCUCGACAUCGAGUGGAUCGCCCGGCCGCCCCCGUCGCCGGAGCCGAUCACGUUCGACGAGCCGCACUUCACCUUUGCCGUCAUGGAAACGGAGCCCGUCACACACAUGGUGGGAAUCAUCAUGAUGGAGACGAACCGGCAGCGGUGGUUCGACAUCGUAGGAGGGGACGACGACAAAGACUUUGACAUUCAGAGAAAUAGCGGAACCAUCUCCAUCGCCCGGCGCCUCGACGCAGCUCGCCACUCCAACUACAACCUGACGGUGCGAGUCACUGACGGCCACCACUCGGCCACCGCGCAGGCCUACGUCCGUGUGCUGGACAUGAACGAACACCGGCCCGUCUUCCUGAAGUCACUGUACGAGGUGAGGGUCCCAGAGGACACUUCCCCGUGGAAGGACAUCCUGCAGAUCAGCGCUCAGGACGCAGACGCCAACAGUAAGCUGGUUUACUCCGUCCACAGCAGCCUCCACCCGGACAGCACCAAGUUCUUCCACCUGGACCCAAAGAGCGGCGUCCUGGUGAUGACGGAGGAGCUCGACUACGAGACCAUCUCCGUCCACACGCUCAUUGUCAUGGUUCGUGACCAGGAAAUCCCAGUGAAGAGGAACUUUGUGAAGGUGGUCAUUCACGUGGAAGACUGCAACGACCACUCGCCGGCGUUCCUCAGCCCGCGAUACGAGGCCACCAUCUCUAAUCUGGCUCCCACAGGCUCGGAGGUCAUCAGGGUCAAGGCGCUGGACAAGGACAUGGGCAGCAACGCCGACAUCAGCUACUCCCUGCACUCCGGAAACAUCGACCACGUCUUCGCCAUCGAACCACAGCUCGGCUCCAUCACUGUCUCCAAACCUCUGGAUCUUCAUCCUCAGGACCAGUUCCACCUGACGGUGAAGGCCACGGAUCAGGGCUUCCCUCAGCGCAGCGACCUCUGCUCCGUCCACGUCCACAUCCGCGUCUCCGACCAAACCCCUCCCACCUUCCCCGUGGAUGAAUACCUAACAGAGAUCAGCGAGCUGAGCGCACUGGGAACGCCGGUCGUCACCGCCUUGGCUUCCAGCCCGGCUGCCGUGCAUUAUGGGAUAGAGAGUGGGAAUCCAAACGGGACAUUUCACAUUAACCCUUACACCGGGUUGAUCUCCACCCAGAAACACCUCAACUUUGAGAACUGUGCUUUCUACAAGCUCAGAAUCACGGCUUCCACCACAGCCGGAGCCUCGUCCAAGACUUUUGUUCAGAUCUACGUGAUCGACGAGAACGAUAACGCACCCGUUUUCCAGCGGACCCAGUAUUUUGGCCAAAUAAGUGAAUCUGCUACCAUAAACACCAUGGUGGUGGGAGAGAGAAACACGCCGCUAGUCAUCCAGGCUUCAGACGAAGACAGAGGGACAAACUCUCUGCUGACAUACCAGAUCCUCGAACCAGAUGCUCUCAACGUUUUCAAGAUAGACUCAAGUAUGGGCACCAUCUCUUUAAUUUCACCAGUUGACUUUGAAGCGAAGGCCGAGUAUCACUUCACCGUGCAGGUGAAGGACUCGGGGGAGCCAUCACUGUUUGCAGCAGAGCCUGCCAAGGUCACGGUCAGCGUCCUGGACCUGAACGACUGUCUGCCACGAUUCACCGCCGCAGUGUAUGAGCCAUCCAUCAUUUUCCCCGCUGUCAGGGACUCAGAGGUUGUGCGCGUUACGGCCCAUGACGCAGACUCGGCCGUCUCAUACAGCAUCACUGAAGGGAAUCUGCACAGCGCCUUUUCACUUCACCCUGAUACUGGAGUCAUCACCGUGAGCAAUGUGUCUGAGUUCCAGCCAUUUUAUCAGCUCAUUGUCAAAGCCUCGGACGGACUUUACAAAGACUCAGCUACCGUCACGAUAAACGUAACAAACCUAACCAUUAGCGAUCUGGGAUUUAAGCAGAGUACUUAUUCCGCGAGCGUCACAGAAAACCUGAAGAAAGUCAAAACUUUGGUGGCACUAAAAACCACAGGUUGCUUUUUAAACGAGCCUCUUUUGUAUUCUGUAGUAAACCCGAUGGGAAGGUUUGCAGUUUCUCAGUCAUCGGGCGUUCUUGAAACAACGGGUGUCCCCUUUGACAGAGAGGAACAAGACGUGUAUGAUGUCGUGGUGAAGGUACAAGACAUGAGGACACCACCGAGGACGGCUACGACUCAGGUCAAGGUUUUUAUAGACGACGUCAACGAUAAUCCGCCACAGUUUCUUAACUUGCCGUUUUCGAUGAUGAUCUCUGAAGACUCUGAACCGGGAGAUGUUUUGUAUCAAGUCACGGCCAUCGACAAAGAUUUGGGUGAGAAUGGGUCCAUCAUGUACUCACUUGAGGAAGACUACAACCUCUUCAGAAUAGAUCCAGAUGUGGGCGACGUGUUGCUGCGGAAGCCUCUGGACUUUGAAGCCCUGAACAAGUACGUGUUGACAAUCUCGGCUCUGGACGAGGGCGAGCCCACGCACAGCACGGUGUCGCAGCUCACUAUUCAAGUAAGGAAUCGGACCAACCCAGUUUUCCAGACUCUUCUUUAUCCACUGAAAGUCCCAGAGGACGUCCCUCCCUUCACCACCAUCUUACACGUCCAGGCCAGAAAUCCAGAAGGCUAUCGGCUCAUCUACAACCUCGAGGAGGAAAACGCUUCCAAACACUUCCACGUUGAUUUUAAAACUGGAGUUCUGACCGUCACCACGCCCCUUGACUACGAGAGUCAGACCAUGCAUGUGUUGACAGUUCGAGCCACUGACUCUGUGACUGGAACUUUCUCCGAGGCCUCAAUAGAGAUAGAAGUGGAGGAUGUGAAUGACAAUGCACCGGUUUUCUCAAAGCAACUCUACACGACAAACACUGCCGAGGGGCUUCCUGUUGGUACGUCAGUGAUACAAGUGUCUGCGUCUGACAGAGAUUCAGGCAGAAAUAAAGACUUGACCUAUAAGAUGGUGAAGACGGAGGGGAACGAGACCGAUUUCUUCGACGUGGACCCUCUCAGCGGGACAGUUUUCACAAAACAAAUGCUGGAUCAUGAAAACACAAAGCACUUCAAUCUGAAAAUCAAAGCCACGGACAACGGCACCGUGCCUCUCAGCAGUGAAACCAGCGUCUUUGUGAAUGUCACGGACAUCAAUGACAACCCACCGGAUUUCGUCACCUCGCAGUACGAGGCCGCACUUGACGAAAUGGCAAAGUGCGGCCACAUCGUCAUCAAAAUCCAAGCUGCAGAUCCCGACACGGGCGACCAGAAUAACCUCAGAUACAAGAUCCUCUCUGGAAACGAAGGUCGUUACUUCAACAUCAACGAAUCCUCGGGAAUCAUCUCCUUUUCUAAUGUGUGUAAAAGGAAUCUGGAUCCUUACUACAACCUGACAGUGGCGGUGUCUGAUGGAGUGUUCCAGAAAACAGCACCGGUCAAUAUUGACAUGAUUAACAGCAACAGACACAGUCCCUACUUCAAACAGAGCCUCUAUGAGGCAGAGCUGGCAGAAAAUGCCGAUGCAGGGACCCGCGUGAUCCGAUUAGCUGCCAUUGACCCGGACGAUGGGCCAUAUGGCAGCGUCGACUACACCAUUAUCAACAAACUCGCUGAUGAGAAGUUUGCUAUCAAUGCUGACGGACAGAUCGUUACAACGCAGCCUCUGGACAGAGAAAACCCAUCCCAGAGAGUCAUCGCUAUUAAAGUGAUGGCAAAAGAUGGCGGCGGAAAAGUGGCGUUUUGCACGGUAAAGGUUAUUCUGACCGAUGAGAACGACAACGUACCUCAGUUCAAAGCCUCAGAAUAUCAGGUCUCAAUUCAGUCGAGCGUAAAUAAAGGCUCUCCUGUCAUCCAAAUCAUGGCUUAUGACGCCGAUGACGGCAAAAAUGCAGACGUCACCUACACCGUCGACGAAGCCGAGCAGGUGACCGAAGACGUCAUCGAGAUCAACCCUUUCACCGGGGUCGUGAGUGUCAAAGAGAGUCUGAUCGGCAAGGAGAACAAGAUCUUCAACUUCAAAGUCAAAGCUCGCGACGGCAGCAUCCCGUUCUACAACUCCACAGUCCCCGUUCAAGUCAAAGUAGUUCCUCCUGAGGUUCCUCUCCCCAAGUUUGUAGAGCCUCUCUACACCUUCUCAGCUGCCGAGGACAGCCCCAUAGGAACCGAGGUGGGCUCCGUGAGAGCCGACUCCAACAUGCCCGUCAUUUACAGCCUGGUGAACGGCAACACGAUCGAAAGCAACCGGGACAAAGUUUUCAGCCUGGACAAGGACAGUGGAACCCUGCUGUUGCAGAAGAACAUCGACCACGAGAGGACAAAGUGGUACCAGAUAGAUGUCAUUGCCCAGGGGAACCACAACGGCACUGAUGUGGCGUCACUGGUGUCCAUCAGCAUCCAGGUCCAGGAUGUGAAUGAUAACCAGCCGGUGUUUGAUGCCAGUCCGUACAGGGCCUUCCUGGCUGAGAACAUGCCCGCGGGAACCACUGUAAUCCAGGUGACCGCCAACGAUCCAGACACGGACAAAAACGGCCUUGUGACCUACAGCUUGGAGUCGCUGCCCCACGACGCCACCGAGGACAUCACCGAGGUGUUUGCCAUCGACGGCGACAGCGGAUGGAUCACAACGGCGCGGGAGACCGACUGCGAGGCCGCCAGAGUCUACAGGUUCAACGUGGUCGCCACUGAUCACGGCGGCAACAUCAAGCUGUCGUCGAGCGUCCUGGUGGAGGUGACGGUGAUGGACGAGAAUGACAACCCCCCCAAGUUCUCCGACGACGUGUACCACGCCUCAGUGGUGGAGAACAGCAGCCCGGGGGAAGUCAUCGUCUCCAUGACGACCACGGACGCCGAUGUGUCGCUGGAGAACCGGCUGGUGACGUGUUACAUCACAGACGGAGACCCAUUGGGCCAGUUCGCCAUCAUCCAGCAGGACGAAGGCGAGUGGGGUUUGAUCGUGAAGGAACGUUUGGACCGAGAGACUAAAGACAGAUACACGCUCAGAGUCACGGCCACUGACGGGAAGUUUGAGGCUCCGGUCAUUGUGGACGUCCACGUGCUGGACAUUAAUGACAACAGUCCAGUGUGUGAGCAGUUGGUGUACACCGAGGCUGUGAUGGAGAACUCGCCCUCCAGCAAGUUCGUGCUGAAGGUCUCGGCCUCGGAUCCGGACGUGGGAGCCAACGGCCAGAUCUCCUUCACCCUGCACGGACCUGACGCCGACAAGUUCCAUCUCGACCAGAGAUCAGGUGAGCUGUUCACGCUUGCUGUGUUGGACCGCGAGAAGGAGGUCGAGUACAACCUGGUGGCCAAGGCGACGGACGGCGGGGGCCGGUCCUGUCAGGCGGACAUCCUGCUGAUGAUCCAGGACAUGAACGACAACCCGCCCCGCUUCUCCUCCAGCCACUACGAGGUCACCGUGUUCGACAACACGACCGUACGAACUCCUGUCGCCGUCAUUUACGCCAAGGAUCCCGACACAGGAAUAAACUCUGAGGUGAAGUACUUCCUUCUGUCCGGUGACGGCGGUUUCUUUUCCCUGGAUGAGUUUUCCGGCGUCCUGCGGCUGGAGCGACCUCUGACCCCCGACGCCCCACCCACCUUUGAGCUGAAGGUGAAAGCCACCGACCGUGGCUUGCCGCGCCACCUUUACUCAGUCGCCACUGUGACGGUGGACGUGGUCUCGCUGGACGACUACCAGCCCAUCUUCCAGAGCUCCGAGUACACCGCCCAGCUCCCAGAAUCCUUAGCAGUCGGGUCUGAGGUGCUGAGUGUCUCUGCGCUCAGCUCGGAUGGCAGUGGCCCCAAUCCCGUCGUGUACCAGAUUGUCUCCGGCAACGAGGACGGACGUUUUCUGUUGGACCCACGAACAGGCCUCUUGAGCCUCAACGCACCGCUGGAUUUUGAGGUUUCGCGGGCGUACUACCUGUCCGUGGAGGGAAGUCGCGGAAAGUCGUCCCUGACUGACAUCACCAUGGUGAUCGUCAACGUGACGGACGUGAACGACAACGCGCCGGUGUUCACACGAGGCGUCUACACCACUGAGAUAACGGAGGACCUGACGCCUGGGAGCCUGGUGAUGAAGGUAACAGCCACCGAUCAGGACGGCCCGAUCAAUAACCUGCUGCGUUACUCCAUCGUGAGCGGAGACGCUCAGCAGCAGUUCACCAUUCACCCUCGCAGCGGAGAAAUCACUGUCCGCACUGCAGUGGACAGAGAGGAGGUCCCUCAUUACUCUCUGACGGUGCAGGCGGCGGACGAAGGGAAUCCUCCUCUGUCGUCGGCGAUCCUCAUCACCAUCACUGUCGCCGACGUCAACGAUAACCCGCCGGUUUUCUCCCGAGUCAACCACAGUCUGCUGCUGCAGGAGGGAGAGUCGGUUGGCAGCAGCAUCCUCCAGCUCGUCGUGACGGACAAGGACACGCCAAAGAAUGGCCCGCCUUUCUCCUUCCACAUCGUCAGCGGCAACGAGGAUCGCCGUUUCCACGUUGACCAGGGCGGCCUGCUGUCGCUCUCUGCUCCACUCAGAAAGAAGGUCAAACCCCACCAUCUGCUCAAGAUACAGGUGACGGACAGCGGUCACCCUCCCCUCUCCUCCAUCUGUGUGGUCAACAUUAACGUAACCGAGCAGAGCAAGUACCCUCCGUCUGUGGUGCCACUAGAGGUCUUCAUCACGACAUCUGGAGGCCUAUUUGCCAACCGGGUCAUCGGAAGACUCCACGCCUCUGACCAGGACCUGCAGGACGUCCUGACCUACAAGCUGCUGUCUGAAAACCCAGAAGGAGGAAGGUUCUCAGUGGAUCUCGCAGACGGAAAGAUCUGGGCAGAUGAAAACCUGGAGGAGGGCUCGUAUUCACUGAACGUCAGCGUGAGCGAUGGGAAGUUCAAUGUCUGGGCCGGGGUCAAAGUUCACGUGUGGGCAGCCGAUCAGAGGGCACUGGACUCCGGUCUGACGCUGCAGCUGGUCGGGAUGUCGGCGGAGGAGUUCCUGGGCGAUCACUGGAGGGGCCUUCAGCGCAGCAUGGGUCAAGCUCUGAGUUUACCCAGACAAGAGCUUCACCUGGCCAGCCUUCAGCAGCAGCAGGACACCCAGGUCCUGGAGGCCCUGCUGAUCUGGAAGCCCAAGAGUGGACUCGUCCAGUCUCUGCCAACAAACAGACUGGCAGGUAUAAUAUCAGACAUCGAGGACUCUCUGGGCCUGAGCAUCCUCCAGGUGAGCCACAACGGCUGUGUGGGCGCCGGCUGUCCACCGCGGGGCUGCAGGAACGCCGUCCGCCUGACCACAGAGAGACUGGGUCACUUCACCACUGCCAGAGCUGCUUACAUCACCCCACAACACACCUGGGAGAGCGUCUGCCCCUGCAACGAGUCGGCCGUGAGAUUCGACGGAAAGUCCUACCUGAAGUACCUUCAUGGGAUGGACGAGGACGACCAGGUUUUCAAACUGUCCCUGAGGUUCAAGACUUUCCAGGAGCAGGGCCUCAUCGUGUCCGCCAACAGCACCAAAGACUGGGGCAUCUUACAGCUGACGAGUGGAGAGCUUCUCUUCAGGUUCAGCUGUGGAGACGCCGCCCCGGGUUCACUGCUGGUCAGAUCUGACCCAGUCUCAGACGGUCGGUGGCAUAGCGUCCUGCUGGAGGUCAACACCACGGCCAUGAGGCUGACUCUGGACCGGCACCGCCCGGCCUCCGCCACCCUGACCGAGCCGUGCCGCCUGACACGCUCCCACGGUGCGUUGCUCUUCGCCUCACUCAUCGCUCAUGGCUCCACGCCAGACGUCCCAGGGCAGCCGCCUAAUUUCAGCGGCUGCCUGGAGGAUCUGGAACUCAACGGGGAGCCAAUCAGAGUGGGCGACGCGGCCGAGUGGGCGGGGUCAGAGGGCAGAAGGGUGUUCGGGGUGUACCAGUGCUGCAGCCGAACCGGAGCCUGCGACGAGAACCCAUGUCAGAAUGGAGGCCUUUGUGAGGAGGACAGCACUGGAGAGCCGCGCUGCAGGUGUGCGGGACUCUUCCACGGCGCCCGCUGCGAGCUCGCCGACAACCCUUGUGCCUCGCAGCCGUGCGCCCACGGCAGGGUGUGCGUGCCCAAGGCUGAAGGUUACAUGUGCAACUGCUCUGUGGACAACGCUGAUGCACGGUGCCACAAUCAGAUCGACAUAUGUUCGCCGAAUCCGUGUCCUGGAGGUUUCGGCUGUAAAGUCACCGACGGCUCCAUCCACUGUGACCCUCUGCCUCAGAAGGUGAACCCGAUGAUCGGCUACUUGGAGAUCAUGGAGAUCAGUGCCAGCGUGCUGGGACUGCUCCUCCUGGUCAGCAUCUUUGUGUGCGUCAGGAAACGCUACGUUCAGAAUAAGAAGAAGAAGAAGCCGGUCUGCGUCCAGGACUCCAACGGUUAUUUCCACUCCAGCUUGGCCAAGAACCACAAACACGAGAACCCGGAGGGUCACCACAUGGAGAUGAGCUCACUCGUCUGUCCUAGCAACGACCUUGACCACACGCCGUUCAGGUCGCUCCGCCCUCGCAGCCAGUCGGGCGGCGGGGUCUCCCCUCCGAAGACACAGGGGCCUGUCGUGUGCAGCGUGGCACCCAACCUUCCGGCGAGGCCGCCGUCGAGCUCCGACAACGACUCCAUCAGGAAGAACCACUGGGACAUGGACUAUGAAGUCUACCCUGCAGACCCCGACUACUAUGGCCGCCCGCCAGUCCAGGAGUUCCCCCAGUUUGACAUCGUCGAGGACACGUACUCCAACUCCACCGUGGAUUCACGGAGGAACUCCCGGUUCGGCGGCUUCCCGUUCCCACUGGACCGCUGCGACCGCCGCGCGCCCCUCCCGCCGUGCUACAGCAACCAGAACCUGGACCAGUUCCUGGGCCCCGACGGGCACCCGCUCCCCAGGUCCCAGUGCCCUAACGAGUACACGGCCAUCAGCUACUAUCCCACCCAGAAGACCCGCAGCCUAGACAGCGUCUCGGGAGGAUACAAGAGGCUCAGCAUGCGCCUGAGCGUCGCCAUGCCGUCCUACGCAGAGCAGCCCGACCCACAACAACCGCCGCCGCCAAACGCUGCCCAGCCUCAAACGAGACCCACCGGUCAGAACCCGCGGAACUAUGACGGGUCCAGCAUGGUGGGCAGCGAUUACGGGAGCUGUGAAGAGGUGAUGUUCUAAUACCGAGAAUCCCCGAACAAGCACAAGUGCAAACCAGCCGUCCACCGUCCUCCAAUCUCAGGCAGCUUUGUGUGCAAGUCCACGUCUCAGACGGAGAUGAAAGAGAUUUAUUUCCAUUUGUUUGACUUCUUGAAAGCAGUGCAGUCAGAACGCCUGUGUUACCUCAGCAGAAGAAGAAGUUUGGGCAGACAUCCGUCUCGUUAGUCUGCCGCCGUCGAGAGGACUCGUUAAGUCGUAGUUUUUAAAUUGUGUGCAGUAUUACAGACUCGACUGUGGGCCGUUUCAAAGUCAAAAAAAGGCAAAACUUUUUCUUUUUCAAGCCUCAACAAAGGAGAACGUGUUUUCUCCUCUGAAAACAACCACAUCUGGCACAUUUCACUUCACAAAUCCACCUGUCAGACUCAAAGACACGAGUUUAAGCACUGCCAGACUCUGAUAUCAGUGUGCACUGUAUGAUGUGAGUGAAUGUAUGGGAGAGCGGGCGGAGGAGGAAAACACUGUUACCAUGACAGUGUGACAUUCUGCCCACACUGGCCGCGCACAAAUGUCUCUGUGAUGAAAUCCCGAUAAAGAGCCGAGACGCAGAUGUUCGUUCCACUGUGUGACGAGCGAAUCCAGGGCUUGAAAGUCCUGCUGAUGCAUGUUUGUGUUCCUGUGAGAAGUAUGUGCUCGUAAAAGUGAAAAUGACAGAAAAAGAAAGGUAUAAUGGUUUAGUUCAGGGGAGUUUUGAAGUGUGUUUGCCCCCUGCAUCAAGAACCAGCAGCUGUUUACUCCUCGCACCAAAGUCCAUAGAGAAAAUCAACGAUUUUAGAUCACAGCACACAGGAGUGGUUGAUCCACUGCUGCCUCCGUCACUAAGUUCUUAUGUGUUAUUAAGUAAAUUCUGUGCUUAAAAUCCUUUGUUCAGAUUUACUUCAGUAACAAAAACUGACCACGCGAGGCAGCAGUGGACCAGCAGCUCCUGUGUUCCCAAGAGCUUAAAUCCCUCAUUUUCUCUAUGGACUUUGGCGCAGAAGAGUAAACUCUAACAAACUUCAGUUUUGUGUUGGAAAAAUGCUGAUUUAGACUUUGCAGAUUUAAGCAGGUGUAGAGUUUAUGAGGUUAGUGGCUGCAUCGGUUGUCUGAGAGCACACACACCGACAACCACACUUCAAAAAACCUGAACUAUCCCUUUUUUAAAGUGCAUCUGACAUCAGGCCACGAUUGAGCUCAUUUCACUCACUCAUUCAUCAGCUCACUGUUGUUUAUUGUUGUCGUCUGUUACAAUGAAGGGGGCUGGAUCCUCAGAGAGAAAAAAGAAAGAAACACAUAAACAUUAGUCGAUGUAAUUUCAACUUUAACAGAGUUUAAACUGUUUGUUCCUGUAAAUUCUGCAGAUUUUUAAAGUGGUGAUUUUAAUGUGCGAGUGUGAACAAGAUUACAGUGUUUUCAUGGACAUGUUUUCUGUGAUAAAUGGAACCCUGAAUGUGAAGUGGUGUCUGCAGGAGUGGAAAAAAAAUAUAUCUAUGCAGUCGUUUUAAAUGGUUUAAUGCGCACACUUCACAUAAAAGAGCUUUGCUGCAUAUUUAAAAAAAAAAAAAAAAAAAAACCCAGCUAUUUAACCGCAAAAUAACAACUUAUUUUACCCCAAAAAAACAUGUAAUUAUACGAAAAGCGGCAAUUCUUAAUUUACUUUUCCCAAAAACACAUAUGUUACUAUGUGCUUACAAAUUUUCUUUACUUUUUUAAAAUAUUGUUGCUAAGACCAAGGAAAUUUCUUAAGUACGUUACAAGUGUUAAGAAAAAAACACAAAACAAUUUCAUGGUCUAAACAUUUCAUGUGAAAAAUAAAAAGAUACAACAAAAGAGAAAAGUGUUGAAUCAAAACUAUGCAAUUACGAUGCAAUUUGCUAAUGAAUUAUAUUUGUUUAAUUUGGUCAAAUUUCAUCUCCUCUUUAUUCAAAAUUGUAAAAAGUAAGAAUUACCUGCAGCAUCAUUAUUGUUGUUGUUGUGGUCGUGUGGGUAAUAGCAGAUCAUUUGUGUUUGUGUUUAUCUGAGAAUUUUUAUUUUCUUGUACAGAAACAGAUGAUUAUUAUCUACAGAUAUUGUGUUGUGUUGUUGUACAGUGUGUAGCUGUGGUUCUGCUGUUGUUUGUGACUUCACUUGAAUGUAUGUCAGCCUUCAUUCAUUCAUUCAUAAAGUUUAUUUUUGUAUUAAUGUGGGACACCUCCCCCCAUGUUUUGCUCUGUUGUUUCUCUGUGAGAGAUUUUUUUAUUUCUGUUUUUGUUGUUUUUGAUAAUGUAAAGAGAAUAUGAAUAAAGAUUAUUAUCUUCUAUCAACACUGAACAAA